UCAGAAUGAGGCUAUACCGUGAAAUCCCGUCACGAGAUCAAAACACGGAAAGAGUAUAUGCGGAGAGAUGGGACUAGGAAAUGUCCUCGUUUUGUCACAAGUGACAGGCUAUUUGCUUUUAUUCAUAAUCUCAUUCUUUUUAUUCAUCCCACUUGGAUCAAACCAGUCUCAAUUUCUAGGACAUUGUCUGCUUUUUGCAUCAGGGACAUGGAAUGAAACACACGACGAAAUAACUGUGAGUUUUGGACCAGACAGCGGCUGUGAUUUCAGUAUAUUUCUCGGAUGUGUGACAUGUAUUGCUAGUUUCUUUUAUUUCAUAUGGAUGUCAGUUCACUUGUACAAGGACAGGGAGCCGUCCUGGCUAACAGCUUUUGGUGCAGUUUUGGUCAGUGGUACUGCAACUGUUAUGACUUUUGCCUCCUCCAUUACCCUCAGUUCAGGGUUUUCUCACUGGUGUAAUGUAAUAACUAAUAAUGGAGCAAGAGACAGCUGUGAAGACUCAUCAUUUGGUGACAUAAAGAUCAGUAAUUAUCCAGAUAUAAAAACAAGUGGCUACUUUGUCCAGUUUGGAAUGGCUCAAUUUGCCAGUUGGGCCGUGUUCCUUUGCUGGCUUGUACAGGCAGUGAUGUGUGGAUACCAGCUUUAUAAAUACAACAGACUGGAAAACUUUCUAGUUAGUAUGAACAGGGAGAGAGAGCGGUUAAUACAGAAAGUUAAUCCUAAUAGGCCUACCACCAUAUGAUAAAGAUGAUAGACCAGAUUACAGACUGCUACUUAUUGAGCAUAGACUAGGACCCUCUGGGUUAGCUCAUGCCUUUGCUGUGAUGUCUUUCUAGACAAAGCAUUUGCUGAGGAAGUUUAAGUGGUAUUCAAGUGUCUGUGACAGUAAUCACACUUGAAGGACUGUCACAGUUUAGUUCUCUUUUAAUAUCUCUAUAUAAGAAGCCUAGGUGAACUAUUAGUUGAAGUUUUUUCUUGUAGUCAAAAGUGAUAUUUUCAUUAGCUUUGUCAGACACAUGGACAGAGGCCUUACUAAAAGAGAGGGGUGUUUUAUAGUGGAUUAAUCCCCUGUUACAACUGGUUUGCGACUGCUUGGAGAUGAAUCUUGGACCAUUUACAAAUAUGUUAUAAUAGAAAAGGCUACAAUAUUCACACUGAAAUGUGAAUUUGAUAUAAACUAUCAAAUAUUCUCAAAGUCCCAACUAUGAAGGGGGUGAAAAAGGAUAAAAUUUGUUCUCCAAGCAGCAGCAAGCCCUGUGUCACUGGGGCUGUAAAAUUUAGUACGAGUCCCUUAUUAAGUUCAAUAUUUUGUGCAAUUUUAAAGAAAAUGCCAAAAAAUAUGAUGCUACAGCAGGUUUAUAACUUUGAAAAAGGAAACUCCCCCAAAUAUCAGUUUCAUUUGCAGGACAUAAAUGUAUAUUGCUUGCUUGUUAUCAUCUAUUGAAAUCCAAAUGCCCUAAGUAUGCAGGAUUAAGUUGCCUUUAUUUUACUUCUUUCAAAAUUUAUAGUCUGUUUUAAGGCACAAAACAUCCUUUUUAGGUGAUGAAAUCCUGGUUCUCUGACAAUUUAGUCGCAAGUGAUGUUAUACUCGGCAUCCUGUAACACCCAACACGUCACAUCUAACACUGUCUGAACCAUGUUACAUGCCAACUCACACAUUGGUUACAAAUGUCGUUGUAUUUUAUUUAUUUAUAUUUCAAUGAAAGUUUGUUAAUCAAGUUUAAACCCUUUUUAGUAAACCAAUUUUAAAGAUUCAAUAUGCUAAGUCAGCUUAAUUUGAUGGAUAUUUGUGAAUAGUGCCAUCUACGAGGAUAAGCCAGGGUUGUACACUAAUGUUUUAUGCAUCGAUUUUCAGGUGGGUUGUAUAUAUGUAUUUCUCAUCUUUUUAUAAGAAGCUUAUUCAAAUUAAUUUGUAUACCUCAAAAAGGGAUUAAUAAAAUUCAGAUAUGACUAUUA